CACUGCCUGGCUCUCUCAGCCCCGGACUGCGAGACGUACCUCCGAGAUCCCUGAUUGCUGUUGGAGUACACACAGCGGGCGGGAAAACCAUGGGUUCUUCCUGGCUUCAGUGGCUAUUGAAGCAUCUACUCUGCCUGCCUGGUUUGGCCUUCGCCACCGUUCUACUACUCCUGGCUCUGGGGAUAAGAGGGAGAAGGAGGAGGAGACCUGGGGAACCUCCAUUGAUAAAUGGCUGCAUUCCUUUUUUUGGAGUGUUCUUUCAGAUAAAAAAAAACCCCUACAAAAGCAUCCAAGAUUAUCAGAAAAAAUACGGAAAUAUAUUUACCUUAAAAAUUAAUGGAAACUACUUUACUUUUGUACUGGAUCCAUUUCAAUACCCACUGGUGUUAAAAAAUCACAAAAAGUUUACUUUUGAAAAAUUUAAAGAUGAAUUUACAAAAAAAAUUUUCCUGGUCUCAUUACAACCACACAUGAAGAAAGAACUUAAAGACUCCCAAAAAUAUAUGCAAAGCAAACUUUUAGAUUUGUCUUAUGUUCUAAUGCAGAAUAUGAAGCAUAUUAUGAAAGAGCGAUUUUUACAAGCCAAAAGUUGGGAAACAAGUCAAUUGUACAAGUUUUGUACAUCAUUAAUAUUUGAAGUCACAUAUAUAGGCUUGUAUGGAAAGGAUCCUGGCACAAAUUCAGGUGAAGUUAUCUGCGAAUUACUAAAGAACUUUGUCAAAUUUGAUAAUGAAUUCUUGAGACUUUUGUUACCACUACCUACCAAGUCACUGAGAACUCUCAAGAAUGUUCGGGAAAAGUUAAUACAAAAUUUUUCAUCAGAGCACAUCUCAAACAUGCAGGAAACAUCAGAAAUUAUAGAAGCUAGAAAAAUCAUUCUUGACAAAUUUACAGACCUUCAGGAUCAUGAAAAAGCAGCACAUCAUUUUGCCUUUCUGUGGGCCUCUGUGGCAAACACGAUUCCAGUUACAUUCUGGACAGUGUAUUAUCUUCUGCAGCACCCAGAAGCUGUUGCAGUGUUGCGUGAUGAAAUUGACCAUUUGCUACAGUCAACAGGUCAAAAGAAAGAACCUGAUUUUAACAUCCAGUUCACCAGAGAACAAUUGGACAGCUUGGUCUACCUAGAAAGUAUAAUUAAUGAAUCCUUUCGAAUGGCCUCAAUUUCUUCCAAUGUACGUUAUAGUGAAGAAGAUAUCACCCUAAAUUUAGGAAAUGAAGAUGUCAAUUUACGAAAAGGAGAUAUCAUCAUCAUUUACCCACCAUUCCUGCACUAUGACCCAGAAAUUUUUGAACAGCCUGAGAAGUUUAAAUUUGAUCGUUUUGUAGAAGAUGGCAAGAAGAAAACUACUUUUUUCAAAAGAGGAAAAGAGUGUGGAAAACUGGCUGUGUGUAUUGGAACAAUCACUUUAAUGAAGAAUUUCAAUGGAGGGUUGAGAAGACAAGGGCAACUAUAAUCUUUGGGAAAGAUUUAACUCUUUCGGAAAAUGAGAAGAGGAAUAAAGUCAUACUGUAUAUAAUUAAGUGUAUGUAAUUAUAUAUCUGGUCACACGUGCUAAAGUGGCCCUUUGGGGUGCUUUUUUUUUUUACAUUUAAAUUGGAGAGUACAGUCUAAUCUUUCAUGUAGAUUUCAGUAUUAAUUUUUAUAACUCAAAUCAGGGAGCAUCCAAGGGAGAGGAAAUCUUGGGGGAUCUGGUAACCUAAAUUCUGCAACUUGGAAACUUCUGGAACCUACUGAUCCCACUAACAAAAUCUAGUGAUUCGGGGGAAUUUAACUCAUGCCAUACCUCAGGGAAGGAGACUCAGUUUGUAUUGAGAACUUGGUGGGUUUCCCGAAAUCCGAAGUAUGGCUUGUCUGCCCUUGUCCUCCUUAUGAAGCAAACAGCUUCAAUCUCUGGGAAAUCCACUCGGAUGCUGGUUUUCGAGUACGUGAAAUCUUCUGCCUCAGACUUAGAGAGAGAGUUUGAGGAAAAUGGAGAAACCUCCCCUUAGUGUUUUUUAAAGACUUAAUAGAUACUGCAUCUGCAGGGAGGGAGAAGGUUCUACUAAGGGUAGCAUGAAGGCGAAGGAAAUCUUUCUGGGUGGAGAGCACUAUAAGGAAUGGAAUGAAAAAGAUAUAAAAGAUGCAACGCUGACCUUCUCCAGUACGAUUAUCAAGGCAAAGAAAGAGGUCUGCGAAGGCGGAUCAUGUGGCUGUCUGUCUCUGUCUGCUACAGCUAUGGGUGCAAAAUGACGUGCCUGUCCCUGGCUGGGCAUGAGACCUUAAAGAUUUGGCAUCUAUGUAGAGACAGAAGAAUGUCACGCUGAGAGAGGCUGUCUGUCUUCGAAUUUGUCUUGCCCCAGAGUCGGUGUUACUUGGUCAGACUUUGUGCUUCGGCCCAAGGAAUACCCAGUUACAUUUUUUUUUUAAGCAAAGUUUUAACCACCUAUCAGGAGUGGGGGAAGGGUGGGAUACUCUAAAUGAUAAGUCAGAGCUUUAGGGAGAAUGGCUCUUUUAUCUCUG